AUGACGAGGGAGGCGACAGAGUUGCACAAUGGCUAUGAAAUUCCCAAUUUGUUUUAUGGCACUUAUAAGGUAUUAGAUGAAAUACUUCCAUGCUUGGAUGCAGCCCUAGGGUCAGGGUAUCGGGGAAUUGAUACGGCGGCCUACUUUCACAAUGAACGGUGCAUUGGGGAAUCAUUGAAUGUUUUGCUUCCAAAAUAUGAACUCGCACGGGAUAACGUGUUUAUUACUACAAAGCUUCCUCCAAAGUCAUACGGAGCCGCGGCGGCGUUAUCUUCCUUGAAGAUGUCCCUAGAGGCGCUUCAGCUUUCCUACAUUGAUAUGUAUAUGAUACACUGGCCUGGAUUACAAGGUGUUCUUCCUCCUGGAAGGAUCAAAGAUUCCAGGGGUUACAUGAGCGACUUAAGGAGGUUAAGUUGGCAAGCUCUGGAAACGGUGGUCAUACUGGAACGUCCAAAGACGAAAGUGAAGUCAGAUGCUCCGACGAAGUCUGACGUGGAAACAUCAGAAACAGUGAUUCAAGGCAGUGGACCAUAUCGUUUAGUGCGUUCGCUUGGUGUAUGCAACUACUUACCUAGACACAUUGAAGAACUUGCCAGUUAUGCAACGAUCACCCCGUGUGUUGUACAAUACGAGUUCCAUCCAUUUUUGAGCGUGAAGGCUCAGGAGCACCCAAUGCGUCGCAUCUGUACACGCUUGUUUCCUAUGCAGUCGGUGCAUUUUCAGUGUCACACGUCGUUGGCCAAUGGAUCGAGAGAACUUCUAACCAGUCCGAUAAUUACAGAAGCGGCCAGUGAGCUUCAACGAACACCAGCACAAGUGGUUCUGCGAUGGGCUUUGGAAAAGGGUCACAGUGUUAUUGCCAAGUCUUCAAAACCGAGACACAUUGUCGAAAAUUCGCGCAUCUUCGGAUGGGAUUUGGAUUCCAAUACCGUACAAAAGAUUGAUGCCAUGGAAAGGAACGAACGGUACUGUUGGGAUCCACACGCAAUACUUUGAUCAGACUGGAAAUAGGGCAUUCAUCAGAUUCCAAUUUUGUGAUUUUUCGUCGAUGUAGGAAACAGUUGAGUUUUGAAGUGUUAAACAAGCUUUUGGAUUCAUCCUGUUUAUUUUUUUUGGCGCCAAUCGGCGUGUCUGAAAUGCAACAGCAUCUACAAUACAAAAAUGUGCUAGCCCUGUGUUGUAACCCGAAAAAUAGGAUGAUUCAUUUUAAAUAUCGCAAGACCCAUUCGCUUGGUUCUGUGCAAUUUCGAGAAAGCACUAUACCGCG